AUGCCACUUUUAGCCCCUUCAUCUUCCGCAACCCCUUUCUGUUUUUCUCAACUGAAAACUCACAAUUCAAAUUCCCAAACAAGGUUUUCCUCUAAUUCAUUCACCCCUUUUCAAAACAUAACCAUUCCCCUUCAUAAAACAAGACACAAAGGUUCAAACUUUACACACAAAUUUUCAUCAAAAUGCAAUGGGCAGGAUGAUGAUUCAUACACCGAAGAAUACACUAUGUCCCUUGAUUGGGAUGAUGAAGAAGAAAUUGCAGACGAUGACAAAAAAAUCGAGGAUACUGAGUCGCCAUGGGAAGGUGCAAUCAUAUACAAGAGAAAUGCUUCAGUUUUACAUCUGGAGUAUUGCACUACUUUGGAGAGAUUAGGUCUAGGAAGGCUUUCAGAUGAUAUCACAAAAAAUAAAGCUUCUGUUAUGGGAUUGCGAAUUGCGAAAACAGUGAAGGAUUAUCCUAAUGGAACUCCUGUUCAGGUUUCUGUUGAUGUUACCAGGAAGAAGAAGAAAUUGAGGCUUGAUGGGAUCAUCAAAACUGUCAUCAAACUUCCGUGUAAUAGGUGUGGCAGGCCAUUUGGUGAGGGGAUAUUCUCCGAGUUCUCUCUUUUACUCACCGAAGAACCACCUAUUUAUGAUCCCAAGAGUAACAAUUUGGGUGUCAUUUUUGGGGUAGACAAAAUUUCAACCCUUGGAAAAAGUGAAGAGGAAGACGAAGACGCAUUAAUUGAUCCGGACGAUCAACUAUAUUUUCCUCGCGGAGAGAAACAAAUUGACAUUUCAAAAAACAUAAGAGACAUGGUGCAUCUUGAGAUUGACAUAAGUUCAGUAUGUGAUCCUGGGUGCAAAGGUAUGUGCAUGAAAUGCGGUCGAAACUUUAACACCGGGAGUUGUAGCUGUAGUAGUAAAAAGGAAGUAAAAGAAGAAAGCUUUGGCCCGUUUGCAAAUUUAAGAGAGAAGAUACAAUUGAAACAAUCUUGA